ACUAAUGCAGCUCAAUCCCUUUAGUAGUCAGAUACCUACUGAAAACUCGUAUUUAGAGGUGUCAAAUCCUGACUGGUCAAUCAAUGAAGAUUAUAAAAGAGGUCAUCAACUUCUUGAAAGAAACGAAGAAGUUCGUCGAACAGUCGAUCUUAAUAAAGAAAGCAAUUUGACAAUCAUGAGUCUGAUAUAUCCCAAAUAAACUAAUUCCAAGAGGAAAAUAUGAGCACAUCGAGAGAAUCCUUUAUGAUAUGAAAGACCAUAAAAUAGAUAAAAGAUGGUACACAGAGCCCCAACCAGAAGUAAGCAAAAGGAAAUUCUCCCAAGUGGAAGAAACUGUUAAACUUGAGCAAAACCAGAAUCAGUUUGCCACCAAUAGUAUUGAAAAUAAUAAUUCAGAAGAAGGUGCUCCAAGGGUUGAAACUACUUUGAGAGCGAGACAUUAUCGUACAAAGACCAAUAUAAUUAUCUUUAAUGAUAAAUAAAACCAAAAGAUCUUUAAGCUCACCCAAACCCAAAAUAAAACCCAAAUACAUGCCAAAUGCUAAUCUAUCAUUGGCUAAAAACAGAAAGAAGAGCAGGAAAAAGUUCAAACUUGCCAUUAAAGAACUAAUCUCCACUCAAAACACCCAAAUAACCUCUCUCAAAUAACAAAAUCACCACCUCACGCUUAUUCCUCCUCACAAAAUCUCGCGAUUUAAAAUAAAUUAAUAGACUGUAAGCUAAGUUCGAACAUCCGGCCCCAAAAUCCCAAAAAUUCCCAAAAUAUUCAUUCAAAACCACAGGCUUCGCCAAUCUCUUCGCCUAGGCCGGCUGGUCGGAACUUUAGCUGUGAAGUUGCAGACCAGAGGCCAAGAACUCAGCGUAAGUUUGUUAGGGCGAAAAUAUCUCCUUCGCCAAAACCUUUCUUUGGGUUGACUAGAAAUCUACCUUCAAGGAAGAGCCAGAGAGUCAAAGAGAGCAAAACUAAAGUAAAUAGGAGCCUAUUCAUUCAUCGCAAGAGCUCUACAGGAAAAGACUUGUCUGAGAGACAAAAAAAUUCUUGGAUGAAAUCUGACACAAAACGUAAAAAUCACAAACCUGGAACAAAUCGGUAUAGCUACCAAAGCAAGGAGGCAUACAACAACAUCUCAAACACUAGAUACUACUAACUACCCUUCCAAAUUCAAUAAA